AUGGAGAAUUCCGUUGACGCGAAGCUGUUGAAAUCAACCAAGUUCCCGCCUGAGUUCAACCAGAAGGUUGAUAUGCAGAAGGUCAAUGUUGAGGUUAUGAAGAAAUGGAUUGCAGGCAAGAUCUCCGAGAUUCUUGGCAACGAAGACGAUGUUGUAAUUGAGCUCUGUUUCAAUCUUAUUGAAGGCGCGCGAUAUCCAGAUAUCAAAAAGAUGCAAAUCCAACUUACCGGCUUUCUUGAUAAGGACACAGCUGGGUUCUGCAAGGAACUGUGGAAGCUCUGCUUGAGUGCCCAAAGCAAUCCUCAAGGCGUUCCUAAGGAAUUGCUUGAGGCAAAGAAGCUAGAACUCAUACAAGAAAAGGUAUGUUUUUACAUGCUGUACUGGUGCUCUUAA